AAAUCUUUGCUCAUGAGCUGCCACCAUUAACAUCACCACCACAUCCCAGUAAUCCUUCAGCUUCCACUUCUCUCGAGUAGUAAAAAUCCCGGCCAUGGCCGCCGCCACGAUGCAAGCAUCCGCCACCGUGUUCAGGCCGUGCUCAUCCCGGUCUAGGUUCUUGACCGGGUCAUCGGGCAGACUAGGCCGGGAGGUGUCCAUCAGGCAGGUGCCUUCACCGGUCUCGUCGAGCUCCUUCCGUGUCGAAGCCAAGAAGGGCGAGUGGCUUCCCGGUUUGGCCUCCCCCACUUACCUCAAUGGAAGCCUUCCAGGUGACAACGGGUUCGACCCCUUGGGGCUCGCGGAGGACCCCGAGAACUUGAAGUGGUACGUGCAGGCAGAGCUCGUGAAUAGCCGUUGGGCAAUGCUGGGAGUUGCCGGGAUGCUCCUCCCGGAAGUCUUCACGAAGAUCGGGAUCAUAAACGUGCCCCAGUGGUACGACGCUGGGAAGGAGCAGUACUUCGCUUCAUCAUCGACCCUGUUUGUGAUCGAGUUCAUCCUGUUCCACUACGUCGAGAUCAGGAGAUGGCAGGACAUCAAGAACCCGGGAAGCGUGAACCAGGACCCGAUCUUCAAGCAGUACAGCUUGCCCCCGAACGAAGUGGGCUACCCCGGUGGCAUCUUCAACCCUCUCAACUUUGCUCCCACUCUCGAGGCCAAGGAGAAGGAGCUUGCCAAUGGGAGAUUGGCAAUGUUGGCAUUCUUGGGGUUCGUGGUGCAGCACAACGUGACGGGGAAGGGGCCGUUCGAGAACCUCGUGCAGCACCUCUCCGACCCAUGGCACAACACCAUUGUCCAGACCCUGAGUGGCAACUGAAGUUAAAUUAAUUAGUUCCAUUUGGGAGGAGGUGAACGAAAUGAAUGCAAUUAAAGCCGAUAGCUUGUUCUGUUCUCCUCUCUGUUGUAACAAUUAUGAGUGGGAAUUUUCGUGCAUCAGAUGUGUAAACAUGAUGAAGAACUUCCUGUGUACAGGGGUACUUAAUUUGGCGCUAAUUCGGUCCAUCACACCCAAGACACUUAUUAUUCAGCAGCUUGUACAAAACACUAGAUAUGUUGCAGAACUCGAACAGUAAUUGCUAUA